GGAGAGAGAGAUUUGGGAAUCUGUCGCUUCGAAGCUUGUCGCGACUUUCCCUAAAUCUGUAGAACAUCACGUUGAUCUCUCCACGACGGUAAGAAGCUGUUUGUCCUGGUCGGAUUUCCGUUGGUCGACUGUGUUCUAUCCAUUUUCGUGAAUCAAGGCGAGUACUUUUCAGACUCUAUCACGUAGAAGAAACCAUGCCGAAGAACAAGGGAAAGGGAGGAAAGAACAGGAAGAGAGGAAAGAACGAAGCGGACGAUGAGAAGCGUGAGCUGGUGUUCAAGGAGGACGGGCAGGAAUAUGCACAAGUUCUUCGCAUGCUCGGUAAUGGAAGAUGUGAAGCCAUGUGCAUAGAUGGUGUAAAACGUCUAUGCCAUAUCCGUGGCAAGAUGCACAAGAAGGUUUGGAUUGCAGCCGGUGACAUCAUCCUUGUCGGGCUGAGGGACUACCAGGAUGACAAAGCUGACGUCAUCCUCAAGUACAUGUCCGAUGAGGCUAGGCUCCUCAAGGCAUAUGGUGAGCUUCCGGAGAAUACCCGUCUCAACGAAGGAAUCGUUGGGGAUCUCGAUGACGAUGAAGAUGCCGCAGCUGAUGACUACAUCGAGUUCGAGGACGAAGAUAUCGACAAGAUCUAAGACUAGACCGGUUAACAGUUUCCGGGUUGUAUUUUUCCAGUCCGAGACUCGUCAUUUGCGCCGUAACAUCGAGUGUUAAGAUGCUGCACGCAUUAUGCAUUUCGGGAUUUCAUCCGAUUUCGUAUCUAAUGUAGUGGCACUGGCUCUUGUUGCUUCA